UGGGUUGGAAUGCCAGCAUGGUAUGUAGCAGCGUGUAGAGCGAACGUUAAGUCCGGUGCAAUUAUGUCUGCGUUAUCAGACCAAGAGAUUCAGCGCGAGAUAGGCAUUAGCAAUCCACUUCACCGUCUCAAACUUCGCCUAGCCAUUCAGGAAAUGGUCUGUCUCACCAGCCCCUCAGCUCCAAGAACUUCUCAGGAUUCUCUAGCAUUUGGUGACAUGAAUCAUGAGUGGAUUGGCAAUGAGUGGUUGCCUAACCUAGGUCUACCUCAGUAUAGGAGUCAUUUCAUGGAAUGUCUUGUAGAUGCUAGAAUGUUAGACCAUUUAACUAAAAAAGACUUACGAGGGCAAUUAAAAAUGGUGGAUAGCUUUCAUAGGACCAGUUUGCAAUAUGGUAUAAAUUGUUUAAAACGAGUUAAUUAUGAUAAAAAGGAAUUGGAAAGUAGGCGAGAGAAAACUGCAGAAGAAAAUACAGAUGUGUUAGUGUGGACCAAUGAAAGAAUUACAAAAUGGGUAAUAUGUAUAGGGCUAAGAGAUUAUGCAAAUAAUCUGCACGAAUCUGGCGUACAUGGGGCGCUUAUUGCACUAGACGAAAGCUUUGAUCAUAAUAGUAUGGCUUUAGCAUUACAAAUACCAACACAAAACACAACUAUACGCUCAACAUUAGAGCGGGAAUUUAACAAUUUACUAGCCAGUGGUACGGACAGACGGUUGGACGAGGGCGAAGGCGGAAAAUUCCGGCGGGCACCCUCGUGGCGUAAGAAAUUCCGUAAUAAGGACAAGAGUAAAGACGGGAGUGAGGAUGGUGAGGGUGGGGCUGAACCUGGGCAGGAGUCACCUCAGGGGCCACGGAGAGCUGCCUCCGUGGGUCCUGGCUCAGCACUUCAACAGCGUACAACUGAAACGAUGAGAAACUGCUAGCCCGUACUGCAUAUUUAGGUCUUUGCCAAUUUAAAAGCCAAGUUUUUUUCAACUUGGGGAAAACCGCGCUUUGCACGAGGAUGAAGUUGUCACUGCCGUUCGAGUGGGCCUCGGAAACAAAAAGCCUGCAAUAAGAAAUAUAAAAACAAACUACAAGUGUAUUCAGCAAUUUGUGGUGUGUCAAUGUAUUGGAGAUGUGCAUUUUGUACACUCAAAUUUUUAUGUAGUGAAGCAAUCUGAACAUUACUGUCAUCAUCACACGUGUUUUUGUUUCUUAAUGACAGAUUUUUCGUGUGUGUUCUCUAGUUGAUGUAGAUGUCAGAUUUCUUUUCAGAGCCAUAUAAACUUGUCAGAAUGUGAAUCUAGAAUUAUUGACUUUAGUAUUUAUUAUCAAUAUAAAAGUUACUGGCCGCCUCACUUUUGUUGACAGAUUUCUUGUUGAAACAGUUAAUGUUACCAAGGGAUAGCACUGACAAAAGAUAAUAAUGAAAUUCAUGGAAAUUUUAUUUUACUUAAUCUUUAAUAGUAAAAAUAUAUAGAUGUCAAAAAUAUUUACUGUAUAUUCAAAGAAUAUGUAUACAAGGUAUAAUUUCCAUGACUAGGAGCCUUGUGAUUAAAAGCUGAUGUGUUAAAAGUUGAAUCUGGGGUCUUUCUUAAGGUAUUUUAAGAAUUUUACUAUUUCUUUAAUACUGAGAUUGACUCUCUGAAUGUUAUGAAUAAAAUGAGCCG